CUAAAAAAGUUUAUGAACCCUUGGUCGAGCUCAGUGUUUUUUUUAAAGACUUAUGUUCCAAGACCCUUGAUUUAGAAAGCAUCAACAAAUUGCAGGUUCAGAUUAUAAACAUUUUAUGCAAGCUUGAGAUGAUUUUCCCGCCUGCAUUUUUUGAUGUUAUGGUUCAUUUAGCUGUACAUCUACCAAUGGAAGCCAAACUUGGUGGUCCAGUGCAAUACAGAUGGAUGUAUCCAAUAGAAAGGUACUUGCGCACUUUAAAGUCGUAUGUUCGCAAUAUGGCACGUCCUGAAGGUUCAAUUGCAGCAGGCUAUUUAGCUAAUGAGUGCCUUACAUUCUGCUCUAGAUACUUGGUCGGUGUAGACACUAAACAUAACCGAGUGCCUCGUAAUUACGAUGGUGAUUAUUCUCCUUCCGAGGAGGUAGGUUUGGAGAUUUUUAAAGAGGCUGGUCGAGCUUUAGGAAAAGCUAAUCACCAUAGGCUUACUUUAUCAGAGGCUGCUCAAUGUCAUUCAUAUGUUUUAUACAAUUGUGAUGAAGUCCUUCCAUUCAUUGAGUAAGUAGUUUAAGUUAUAUUUACAACUUAAUUGAAUAUAUAUGGUCCUCAUUUAUGUAAAUGACUUUUGCAGGCAACAUAAGAGUGAGUUAGCUGUUGUAUCAAAUAACAAUAUUAUGGGUAGACACAAAAAAGAAUUCAAUAAUUGGUUUUACGAACAUGUAUGUAUUUAUGUUUUUAACUACUUUAGUUAUUAUUACAUUAAUUUGGUAUAAGUUAUUAACUUAUAUUCUGAAUUUGUUCUUAAUAUUAGGUGGAAUGUUUACAUAAGACAGGACUUGUGGAUGAUGACCUUAUUUGCUUAGCACAACCCCCUUCAAAAAUUGUUAGGACAUAUAGUGGAUAUAUUAUUAAUGGCUUCAGGUUUCAUACUCGUGAUCGUGAAGUUAUUAGAAAAACCCAAAAUAGUGGUGUUAUGGUGCGAGGGGAUGAUGUUUCCUCCAAUAAGGAAUAUUACGGUGUUUUAACCGACAUAUAUGAGCUGCAAUAUGUAGGUUCGAAUCGCAUCGUAGUAUUUAAGUGUGACUGGUGGGAUGUCACGCGUAAGGGCACAGGUUAUAAAGUGGAUGCUUUUGGGCUUAUCAGUGUUAAUAGUAAGCGUAAUCUCGAUACAGAAGAGAAAUUUGUGCUAGCAUCCCAAGUGGAGCAAGUCUUUUAUGUGCAAGAUCCAUUAGAUUCCAAUUGGCUGAUAGUAAAAAAAGCUCCUCCACGUGACCUAUAUAAUAUUCCUUCUGGUGAUACAAAUAAUAUAUUUGACGACGAAGAAGCUUAUCAACAGCCGGAGCUAUAUAAUGUGCCAACGAGUAGUAAUAUAUAUUCUUCAAGUGUGCAAUUAGAGACUGAUAAUGAGAGAUUUCCAUUGAAUAGGGAUGAUGUAUUGGGGGAUGCAAUUCCUAUUGAGGUGGCACGAGAUAUUGAAGCAAGAAUGCAUCUAUCUGCAGCUGACGACAUCAUAUACGAUGACGACGACGAUGAUUUGGCACAAUUAGAUAUAUUUAGAAUGGAAGAUGAAACUGAUAAUAUUGAGUCAUAUAUGUCUGAUUAAUUUUUUUAUUUUAUUUUUCAAUAGGAACUUCAUUUAUAUUUUAGUACUAUAUUCAAUUGACGAUAUUAUAUUUUAGCUAUUUAGUUUCAUAUAAAAGUUACAUUAUUUAGAUUGUGAACUGCAAUUACAAAGUAUAUGAUGAUUGCUAAUAAUAUUUA